AACACAAGAGGGCACGGUAAGAAGUCGCUUGCUUUGAUAGGUGACGCGCUUUUGCGCCUUAUUUUGGUAGACGAUUCAGUGAGUGUAGGGCCAGGCGAAUGUCAGCGUAUAUGUUCCGUAGAGGCCUCAAACAAAGCCGUGCUCCAAUUACAGAGUGGACAGAAACUCGUGCACCUGAUCGAAACAUCGCCGUGCCAGAAAGGAUGGGUUUCACCAGUCACUGGUGCGUCCACGAUGGAGGCACUCCUCGGCGCGUUAUGGAUUAUUCGGACCGCAAUAUUGAGAAGGUUUGUCAUAUUGUACACAACAUAG